AUGUCUGACAAGCCGAUCUUUGUGGCUACGCAUCCACGAGCAUGCUCGACAGCCUUUGAGCGAGUCUUCAUGACUCAACGAGAUACUAUUCAAUGUGUCCAUGAGCCAUUUGGCGAUGCAUUCUACUACGGCCCGGAGCGCCUCUCCAGCCGAUUCGCAGGCGAGGAACAUGAACAAGAACGCCUGGACAGUGGAUUCGCCAGUUCGACAUAUAGUACCGUGAUGGAUAGGCUCGAGCGAGAAACUACUCAGGGAAAGAGAAUCUUCAUCAAAGACAUCGAUCACUACCUGCUUCCACCGAGUGGUCAGCCCGCCAGUAUCGCCCCGUCUCUGCUGCGCCUUAAGCGCGGAGUCGGCACUAACGGCGAGUCACACAAGGCCAACGGUGUGAACGGUGCCAACAGCACCGCCCACACCAACGGCCACUCUACCACGCCCAACGGUCACACCAACGGGGUCAACGGAGCCUCGAACGGUACCAACGGCACGAACGGUGCGAACGGUCACGAGACGAACGGCCACACCAACGGCGUGACCAACGGAGCUUCCAAGGAACCCUACCCGUACGACACGCCAACAGAGCCGGGAAACCCAACGGUGAUGCCGCGCGAGCUGCAAGAACAGUUCCACUGGGCGUUCCUAAUCCGCGACCCACAUUACAGCGUGCCGUCGUACCUGCGAUGCACAAUCCCACCUCUGGACGAAGUGACCGGGUUCCACAACUACGACCCUCUGGAGGCCGGUUAUGACGAGCUGCGCCGACACUUUGAUUAUCUGCUCGAGAGUGGAUUGAUCGGGCCCCAGGUUGCAACGCGCGCGGAUCUGAACGCCCAGGCUGAGCCCCAGGCGACGACUGGUGUUGAGGUGUGUGUUAUCGACGCGGAUGAUAUGCUCGACGAGCCGGCGAAGACCAUCGAGGCGUUCUGUAACAGUGUCGGUCUGCCGUAUAAGCCGGAGAUGUUGACGUGGGAUACGGAGGAGGACCAUGCUGUUGCUCGGAAUGCGUUCGAGAAGUGGCGUGGGUUCCAUAAUGAUGCUAUUGAGUCCAAGGCUCUGGUGCAGAGAGCUCAUAAACGUGCUGUCAAGACCGAGGAGCAGUUUGACGCCGAGUGGCAGAAGAAGUAUGGUGAGAAGCAGGCUGCUCUCAUCCGCCGGACAGUCGAUGCCAACAUGGCCGACUACCUGUACCUCAAGGGAUUUGCGGUGAAGGUUUAG